CUCCUGAAAGACUACUCUCCCCUACCUUUUAUUGAUUUCUUCUUUCUCUCCCUCUCCUCUUCGCUUGCAAUUUGUUUUCUCUCACUAGGGGUUUUCUGGCAUUUCUCCGGAAUUUCAGAUUCAACGUCGUAGUUUGCCGGAUCAUUCACAACUCGUAUUAUUUACUUGUUUGCUGGUCCUGUGGACUCCCUUACUGAAUAGAAGAUAUUAUUGUGUCCAUGCUGGCGGAGAGCAUGCGUGGAAUCUGUGCUUUGGGUAAUGCCCCAGUCGAGAUUUGUUGCUGAUGCACUUGGUGUGGUGACAAUUGGCCUUGUUGCUGUGUUGGUCGUUCUGGGGUUGUUCUGUAUCGUGUACUCAUUUUACUUCCGCAGUCAGAUCCUUGGGCAACGUUUCAGUCAGCUUAGUUAUUUUAGUGGUCCUUGGAUUAUCAGAAAUACAUACAUCUUCUUUGCAGUUUGGUGGGGUGUUGGUGAAAUUAUUCGGUUGAAUUUGUUGAGGCACCAUGGAAGAUUCUUGGAUGCCCUCACUUUGGAAUGGCAGGAAAAUGUCUGCAAAUGCUACAUCAUUUCGAACCUGGGAUUUGCAGAACCAUGCCUGUUUCUUACACUCACUUUUCUUCUUCGUGCAUCUCUACAAAGGUCUGGACCGUUAGGUCACAAGUGGAAUGCCAAAACGACCGGUUUUGUUCUUGUUUAUUGCAUCCCGUUGUUCAUUCUUCAGCUAGUAGUUAUCUUAAUUGGACCAAAGUAUAAGGACCAUAAUCCGAAGUUGCCUUCUUAUUUCGUCAGAGCAGCUUCUUCUGAGGCAAAUCACGAUUCUGCCUUCUGCACGUACCCUCUACUGAGUACCAUCUUUCUUGGUCUUUUUGCUACCAUCAUAACUAUCUACUUGUUGUGGCUUGGUAGGAGAAUUCUUCAUUUGGUGAUUAAUAAGGGUUUGCAGAAGAGAGUGUACAUGUUGAUCUUUUCUAUCUCCGGUUUCUUCCCAUUAAGAGUUGUUCUGCUUGGUUUGUCGGUCCUAGCUGAUCCAGAAAAACCUGUGUUCGACGCCAUAUCAUUCUUGUCCUUUCUUUCCCUUUUAUGCUGUGCAGGGGUGGGUAUUUGCAUACUCGUAUACCUUCCUAUAGCAGAUUCUUUAUCAUUGAGGAAUCUGCCAAUAGAUACAGAAGCUAGGAGGGGGGCUGCUGGUAAUGAGUGGAAUGAUACAAAUUGGUUAAUUGCUAAUCAGAGCCCAGUUGAAGGAGAUCUUGUUAGUAGAAAUUCAUCUGCCUCCUCGGGAAAAGGUGGAUCGAUUUCUUUCCAUGCAAAUGAAACCUCAGGAGCAGCUUUUGUGGAACUAAGCCUCUUCAGUCCUAGCCAGCAUUCAAGUCCACCUGGGUCUCCUAGAGUUGUCGGCUGGUCUAUGGUUGCUCCCGCGCAAGGUUAAAUUAGCUGCUGAGAGGCCUGGCCUGGUGCCGAACAUUUUUGCGCUCAACUCAGUACUGUCUGUAAAGGAUUUAGCUCUUUAAUAAUGAUUGCUAAUUUUGCUUCUGGUUUUGAGAUAGUUGUUUGCUUUUUUAUGUUCUUUUUUUAGUUUUUUAUCCACCUUCUUUUUCUUGGUGGCACUGUUAAUCUGUAUCUCCUAAGUUUGGUUUGUUGACGAUUUUACAUAUUCACUAAUGAUUGAUAUGCUUCUCAA